CAAGGAGACAGAGACCACGCACGAUAUGACUGAUAAACAAAUAAUAUCUGUCCAACUUACGCUUUAGUUUCGUCUCUUCUUUCGCAAGAUUUAAUUGACUGUGAUUAAAUUAUUGUGCUAUGUGGAAACGUUAUGAUUCAUGAGCAGUAUCGUAAAGGCUACCUUCUCUGAUAAUUAUAGAAUUAAAAUACGUUGGUCGUCGCCGUCGCCAAACCGUAGAAAAAUGUCUGACCGCAAGGCAGUUAUCAAAAAUGCUGACAUGAGCGAAGAGAUGCAGCAGGACGCCGUGGAUUGCGCCACACAGGCUCUAGAGAAAUACAAUAUCGAGAAGGAUAUUGCCGCUUUCAUAAAGAAGGAGUUCGACAAAAAAUACAACCCCACAUGGCACUGCAUUGUGGGACGCAACUUCGGAUCUUAUGUGACACACGAGACUCGUCACUUUAUCUACUUCUACUUGGGUCAAGUGGCGAUUCUGCUGUUCAAGAGCGGCUAAAUCCUUUCUUGUUUCUUUUGUAAUUAAAUUAAUUUAAGAGAACUUGUAUGAUAAUUUGGAAACAAGAAGAUGAAGUAAGAAGGAUUUCAAGAGGGAAUAAUAAUUCAAGCACACCAUUUAACACACACACACACACGGAACAACUAAAGAGAAGAAGAAGAAAAAAAACUACACAAAACACUUGAAAAAAAACCACAGAAUAUAAAUAAUAAAAUAAAAAAAGGGAGCAGAACUGAAGCCCAAACAAACAAUGACAGAGGCUGCAGAAUAGAGACAGAAAAAAACACCGAAACUUACUUAAAACAAUGAAGAUAUGAAUUAUUAAAAACACAAUUUACACUUAUCUAACAUUAAAAAAAAGAAGAAAUAUUGCCGUAAACAUCAUUGGGAUAUUAUGUAUUGAAAACAUGAAAAAUAAAUGGAAAUAACUCGAAUAGCUGUAAACAACACUGCAAGAAAAUCUUUUAAGUCAUUUACUAAAGUUUUUUUUGUGAAAUGUUUCCUCUUUAAUUGUUGAUUUCCAUUGAGUUAACCGUAUAUAAAAAUAGCGAAUGACUAAAUAAGAUAUCAGUUAUGAGAUAAAAAAAAAAUUGGUAAGGAAAAUAUUACAUUGAAAAUAAUGUGAGGCAUGAAUGAAUGGAAAAUAUGAUUUUAUUGUAAGGUAUUUGCUGGGGAAGAAGAAGAAGUAUUUUAUGAGAAGAAUGUCCUCUGGAAUUAUAUCCAAUUUUUUCUAUGGUAAUUUAGAAAUGGUGGGAAACAUCCUUAAAAAAAAUUUACUGUAGUGAAUGAAAGGAAAUUAUGGAUACGAGAGGGGAAUAACAGUGGGGAUAAAGGAAACAGAUAUACAUUUUAAAAGGAAGGAAGAACUAUAAAUAAAAAAAAUCUUCGUAAUGAAAUAUCGCAUUAUUGCUAGCGCAAGAUGGAUUUUCUUAUACGUUUUUAUGUUUUUUCUUCAUGCAUAAGAAAAGAAAAGAAAAAGCUGAAGGGCAGGAUUUACAGAACUUUACACACUUUCUCUAAUGUGAGAUAUUUUAAGGCAUUUAAAAAGUAAAUACAAUAUUAUCUAUUUUUUCAAUUUUUUUCCACAACACUUUAAAAUAAAGAAAAAGACUAAUUGUACUGAUUGUGGAGGUCGACAGAGGUGGAGAGUAAGAGCAAGUGUUAUGCUGUCUUCAUGUUCAAUGUUUUAUUUCCUAAGAUUGAAGAUGGAAGUGUGAAGCGCGCGGAGCAAUUGAGAAUGGGAUGAAGAGAAGAGGAGAUAAAUAGGUGUUUUUCACAGAUGUAAUUUAAAUUUCGAGUCUUCUCGAUAAGUGAAAAAAUGCACUAUUUUGCCAUAAAUACUAAAGCGAGUGACACUGAAGAUAUAGUGCUCAAAGAAUAAUGUAAUAACUUAGUAAAGAAGAAGAGAAAAAAAGGAAGAAAAUUACCACUAAAA